UAUGUAUGUAUAUUUGCCUAUUGCAACUUGCUAGAAAAAAAUUCCAUAUUCUUUGCUAUAUAUAUAUAUAUCAUUAUAAUAUAUAAAUAAAUAUAUUAAUAUAAAAAUAUAAAUUAUAAAGUAUAUUUGAAGAAUAAUAAUUAAACUAAUAAUCAAUUAUAUAAUUGCUAAAAAUAUAAUAUAUUUUAAUAUGUUUACAUAAGAAAUUUGUAAUUUAUGCAAAAAUAAUAUUUAAAUCAAAAAUUAAAUUACUAAUUACCAUAAUUACUAGUUUGUAUUUAAAUUUUCCUUAUAAUUUAUUUUAUAAAAUAAUAUUUUUACAAAUUUUACAUUUACAAAUUUUACAUUUUUCUUUAAAGAAAUAUUAAAUAAAAAACAUUAAAAAUGUAUAUAUCUUACAUAUCAUCCUACACACACAUAUAUAUAUCUAUAUAUUAUAUAUAUAUAUAUAUAUAUAUGUAGAAUAUUAUAUCUAUUUUAAAUAUAUUAUUUAUAAGGAUUUUUCUCUUAAAAAUUUUCCAUUCCUAUUUAUGAGUAUCAUGAAAAUAUGUAUCAUAAUGUAUUUUGUAACUUAUUGAGAAGAGGGAGUAGUGCUAAUGAGUCUCUAAUAUCUAGUAUAAAAGAAUGCUUGCUUGAAAAUCAAGACAUUGUUGAAAAUGUUGUGUAACAGUGAAAUUGAUCGAAGCUUUAAAAAUUUUCAAGUGUUAUAUUUAAUAUUGUUUUUAUUUAACAUAUGUAUACAAUUAAGUAUAACAUUAUCUGUACCUAAUAUGAAUUAUAAUACAACAGCUAUAAUGUUAGCAAAUGAAUCAUCAUCAUCAAAUAAUUCAAUUGGUGAUAAUUUAUAUGUUAUAAAAGCAAUGGUAUAUGAAAUUGGUAUAUUAACAGAUGCAGAUAAUAUAACUAAUAAUAAUACUGAAAGACAUGAAGAAGUAAAACUUUCAUUUUAUAAUCCUUCUAAUGAAAACAAUGGAUCAUAAAUUGGACAUUACUAUUUAAUAUUAUUAUAUUAAUUUCAAUACAAUUAUUUUUUCAAAAAACAGAUUUGAAAAAAUAUAAACAAUUUUUAAAAUGAAUAUGUAUAUAUUUGGCAAAAUAUAAACUUAUAUUCACUUAAAUUAACAAUAAA